CGAAGUUCCUCCUUCUUGUGCUCGAUCUCUCCGCGGACUUUCCGCUCGAUGCCGCGUAUCUCCUCGGUGUUGUACCGCUCGAACAGAACCGUCGGAUCUCGGAUAUCCGAAACCCGGAGAGAUUGAGCAGGAACCACGGCCAUCGCAGCUGAGCUUCACAGUAAGCGAAGUGCCAACCUGAAGGAUCUACAACCCGGAAGACGGAGCGAAACUCACUUCCACGUAAACAAUGCAUCAGAGGUGAAAAACUGAAAAUGAGGAGCCGGGAAAGUAACAGCGCCUCAUACGGAACUAAUAUGUUACUACAAUACAUCAUAUGACCGCAACUCAACCUGACAAAAUAUUGCUAUUCCUUGAAUUAUGUAAAUCAGCUGGUUUACUAUAGAAAAAAUACAUUUAUAAUUUACUGCAAUGAAAACAGAAAUGUAGCUAUGACAAAUCCUAGUUUUAUAUACAUGCGUCACACAUAUGAAUUGCUCUGACUUUAUUUCCUCCAGUCACGUCAUAAAAGUUUCCUUUGAAAAGACAUGGCCAAGAGCAAUGGUGGAAAUGACUGGCAAUAUCUCACAUCCGUGUGUUAACCCUGACUGAGACUAAUUCUAGCCCAGCUAUAGCCAUGGACCAGAGGAGCCUACAGGCAGAGUUUAAGGAUCAGUUUACAGAUGUGGUGUCCAGACUGCAGUCUAAACAGCUGUUCCAGUCUGACUGGGACAUCGCCUCCUUCGCUGUCUUCUUCAUCUUCAUCGGCAUGGUUCUGCUGCUUGUUGUCCUGGUUCUGAUCCGCUGCUGCUGCUGCUGCUGCUGUGAUGAACAGCCUAGAAGACACAAAGUGGGUCAUGAAAACUUUGGAAUGGAGACCUGAAAGAAACUUGGAACAGAAUUGAAGAUUCCACAAUGACACUUAGAAAAUUGAUUAGUCCUUUUUAUAAUUCAUUUUAUUCAUAUUUUUAGAUGCACUUUAUAUUUUCACCUUCAUCUGUGUGCCAAACCAAGAGUUGUAUAACUUGUUUUCAUUCUGGUUCUAUUUACUUUGACUGGUGGAAAAUGUUGCACUCCCUGUGGUAACCCGUUUUAGCUGCCGUCUAAUGGUGGCAAGUCAUUGGAGGUCAUAUGAACCAGUUUGUUUACUUGUUCCCUGCACGGCUAGCGGUUGUUGCUAGGACGCCAGAAAGGAGAGCAAGGUGAAGACAGUCACUGAGUGUCACAACCAGAAGAUAAAAAGGGCUUUCACUAACGGUUCAUGAAAAACUGGGCACCACUCUUUAUGUAGUAGAAUCAACACGAGUUCACAAAGCCAAAGUUUUGUACUUCGUUUAACGUGUACUUUAAAACGUAACUUCUUAAGUGUAUGUAAUGAGGAAUCAUAGAUAUUGUAGUAGUAUUGUUUCAAUGACUUUAAUGUAGUUAAUUAUAAUUCAAUGUU